AUGGAAAUMGAUGAGCGAGUGUAUACGAUUGACGUCCUGUAUGGCCCGACCAAAGUCUGCGGAGUCCUGAAACACCGCACGACAAGGGUCGAACAUAUUAAAGAGAAACUUGAAAAACUUGGAUUCGCYGUAAAACUCAGGCGGUGUUUAGACUACGAGAUGGUGAUAUUCGCGUUCGAGGGUCAUACAGUUUUCACGUGCCGAGCAACCAACCUGUCAGUCUUGGGAUGUUCCAGCUACGAUCCCACGGUGUACAAGCUGAUCAGCCUUAUGUUAGCCGAACGCAAUCACGCCAAAAAAGAGAGUAAAAUUAUUAAAUGUUAA